UUUUUUUUACCUAGGAGAUCUUGGGCCUUUCUUUCUUUUUGUUUGUUUUCUAUUUCAAUCUAAUACUUAGUAGAACAUGGCGGCUAUCAAUGACAAGGUUUAUCAAAAAGUACGUGAAAAGGCAAAGGAACAUCACUUGACAGAACAAGAAAUCAAUGUGAUUGAUAAGGCAAGACAACAACUCAAUUCUCAUACUUCUAUGGGUGGGUUUGUUGGUGCUAGUACCGCUUUUCUUAUUGGUAAACGAAAGAAAUUCAAUCCUAUACAACUUCUUGCUCUUGCAGGUGGUGGUUUUUUGAUGGGAUCUCAAGUAGGUUUGAUAUCAGGGGCUCUUGCUGGUGUAAAUACAAUCAAGACUUUACCUAAUCCACAAAGACUAGUGAAUGUGAUUAGAGAAGUACAACUAGAAACAGUGAACGAAAAAGUUGGAUCAUCAUCACCUAAUACACUUCAUCCUAAACCUAUACAACAUACUACAUCAUCAUAUUCAUCCAUGUCAUCACAUCAGCAAUCACAAGUGGAUGAUUCAUUUGCAUCAGAAGAUUUAGCAUUACAUGGUGAUUACACUAAAGGAGGGUCAGAAUUCCAGACAGAUAGAGCUGUACAAUUACAACAAGAAAAUGGAUGGCAAACAAAUACAAAUCAACAACAGCAAUCAUCAGUAUAUAAUCAACUACGACAACAACCACAAACGAAACAACCUAGUAAAUGGGAUGAAAUCCGAUCAGGAAAUUUACCAAAUACAGCAUGGGCAAAAAUUCGUCAGGAAGCAGCAGAACGUCGAACCGAUGCUAAAAGUAUUGAACAAGCCAAGGCCAACCGUGUAGCUCAAUUGAAAGAACGUGAAGCUGGAUUUGAUGAUCUUCCUCGUACUAGAGAAGAAGCCGAACGACGAAUAUCAGGAAGACGAAAUCAAUGGGGAGAUAUGAUCAGUUAGAAUAAACUUGUAGAUUAGAAUUACCUUUUUGUAUAUCAUUCCUUCUUUAUAUAUAUAUAUAUAUAUAUAUAUAUUUAUGAUGAUUUGUUUCCCGUCCUUUUUAUAUUUUUGUAUAUUUGUAUGAACAUUAAUAAUAAAGAAAAAAAAAAGACAAG